UUGGGAAUCGAAAAUUGGAGCGUCGCGCACCUGUGUAACAAAACCUUUUCUUUGUUUAUCUGUAGUCGUAAGCUUUAGAGACGCCAACCUGGUCCGGCGCAGUGUUACCGCAGUCUGCUUGAGUGUACACCAUUCGCUGGUACAAGACAAUGGCACAGAACACAACCCAAGGAUUUGCAGACGACGUUACGAUUGAAGACCGCAUCGUGAAGUCGACAGUCCAGGGCCUCAAGAUUCCAGAUGUUGACCUUGCAGAACAUCUCAGAAACGUGUGGGACGUGCAACCUGUGGGCAUCGCACUGGUGGAUGCAGAAACUGGCGUACCUCACACCAACAGACAGCUCAUGGAAAAUUGCGAACGCAUCGCGGCUGGAUUUCAAGCUCUUGGCUUGGCACGUGGAGACAUGGUAGCAUUUGCAUCUGGCAACAGCGUCGACUUGGUAAUGGCGUUCAUCGCAGUGAUCUUCGCUGGAGCGAAGAUUACUUGCGUCAAGACUGUGUUCAAUGCGAGAGAAAUGACCCGAGUCCUGAUGACUACGAAACCUACUCUCGUCUACUCCGAUAUGGAAACUGCCGACAAAAUUCAGGAAGUGUGCCAAAACAUUCCCUCUGUUAAGGCAUUGGUGGCAGCUGGAGAACGCAACGGCAUGGCGAACAUUGCGACGCUGAAAGAAACGCCCCGCAAUGCCUUCAAGCGUCCCGCUCCAGCCGACCCAGGCGACGUGGCCAUCGUCUUCCACUCCAGUGGAUCUACCGGUCUGCCCAAGGCUGGCCUCAUUAGUCAUCGUAACUUCAUCGCCGAACUCGUGACGUUCGGGUACAAAAACGAAGGACUCCGCAAGGGUGACAUAUUCCUAGCCUACCUGCCGCUGAUGCAUGCUGCCCCAAUGUGGCUUCUUUUCACAAUGCUCACCCAUCAUGUUCAAGUUGUGCUAGUGGCAGCCAAGGACCUGGCCCAAGUGCUUAUGCCCAUUCCGAAAUACAAGGUGACCACACUGGUGCUGUACCCUACACACGGCCUGCACAUCGUUCAGCGAGGUCUUCCGCCCCCUCUGGAUGUGAGCAGCUUACGGGCGGUGUUCAUUGCUGGAAGUUCGAUCCCACAACUGGUGCUCAGGCAACUGGGCGAAUUGUUCCGAGGUUGUCUCAUCAUUCACGGUUAUGGUCUCACAGAAGUUUGCUGUGCCAUUGCCUACACUCGAGGACAAUGUCAUGACUUCAAGACAGCAGGAAUCCCAAUGCCGUACGUGAACAUCAAGGUGGUGGAUAUUGACAGUGGGGCGAAGCUCGGUCCAGGAGAGUGUGGCGAAAUCUGCGUGAAGGGACCGACCUGCUUCAAAGGGUACCUUGAUGCACCUGAGGCAACCGCUCAUGUCUUCGACGAUGAAGGAUACGUCAGAACGGGUGACACGGGUUAUUAUACAUCGCGCGGUGAGCUUUACGUGCUGGACCGAAUCAAGGACAUUAUCAGAUGCAUGGACCAACAGGUGGCCCCUGCGGAGCUUGAAGAACUGCUGCAGGAGCACCCGGACGUGAUACAAGCUGCCGUAGCUGGUGUACCGCACCCUGAGUACCUAGAAGCGCCUAGGGCAUUUAUUGUGCUCGAACGGCGCCCGGGAAGGGAAGAAGAAAAAGAUGCCCACAAGGAAGCCCUGCUCAAUUACAUCAAAGGCCUGGUGGCACCUCACAAGCAGCUGCAUGGCGGAAUCGAAUUCGUCGACGUCAUACCCCAGACCGAGACUGGAAAACCGCACCGACGCCAGCUCAGGGAUGAAUACCUCCAGCGGGAAGGGGCUAAAAUCACACCGUGAAAUGCGUUUUCAAGGCAAAUAUGGCUGAGCGAGCCACGCUAUGGCCUGAUAAGCUGCCCUUUCUUGACUUUAAAUUUAUGUACAACUUCAACUAUGAGCUUUGCAUUUCAGCGCUACUUAUGUACUUCAACACUUCAAUUUUGUACUUGACUUGUGUGGAAAAAAAUUCAUGUUCUUAGAUGCCUCGCAUCGAUGUUUAGGGGGCAACAAUUCGCAUCAAUGCCAUUUGAGAAUGCCAUCGCAGGAGUUGAGACGUCUUUGUGGUGAGUGGAUGCGCGAAGGUACAGGGUGUGGAUGAUGUUUCGCUUCAGCAUGCCGUCGAAUUACGUCACCAGAUAUUUGCGCAAAAUUUUUAAUUAUCUGACCACUUUUGAAUCAGACAUUGAUACUCCUGCUUCUCUAAAGGUGAAAACUUGAAUGCAGACGAUCUUGUCAUACUCGCUGGAACUGUUGCACAAGCAACGUAAUUGAUAAAUUUGAGAAGCAUGCCGCCGCUUUGCCGUUUAUGGUUUCAUUUUCUUUCUGUAACGUGUCCAUGUGUGGCGAGACAUAUUUAUGUCAUGGCUUUUGGGAAUAAAUGUUUGACCUCACAGUCAGCGUUCA